GUGCUCCGUUUUGACGUAUUAUUAUCAGUCAGUUUUUAAUUUUCAUUAUAAGUUUUUGAAGUUUUGAUUUUGAAUUUGCUAUUCCGUUGAUCUGAUGAAUUAUUUUAUACGUUAAAAACGGGAAUGUGUUAAACAGUAUUCAACUAAGUAUUUAUAAACUGCAUUGAUUCUCCACCUGUGUUACGAUGGUUUCGAUAAUGAACACGGUUGAAACCGGUCAUGAGGAUGUUAUACACGACGCUGAAAUGGACUACUAUGGAUUGCGAUUGGCUACUUGUUCCUCGGACCAAUCGAUCAAAAUCUACAAUUUGAAGAACGGUACUCAAACAUUGAUAGCUGAUUUAAAAGGCCACUACGGUCCGGUAUGGCAGGUGGCUUGGGCCCAUCCGAAAUUUGGUAAUUUCCUCGCGUCUUGUUCUUACGAUAGAAAAGUGAUUAUAUGGAAAGAAACCAACGAAUGGACGAAAUUUUACGAACAUACCAGUCACGAUUCAUCCGUUAAUUCAGUGGCUUGGGCACCACACGAAUAUGGGCUAGUAUUAGCUUGCGGUAGUCUCGACGGAACCAUAUCGAUCCUGAGUUAUACACCAGAAACCAAUUCUUGGGAAACGAAGCGUAUCUCGAAUGCUCAUACUAGUGGUUGUAACGCUGUUAGUUGGUGUCCAGCAUCCGCAUUAAUAUCCUCAUUGAACCCUUCCGGUAAAUCGCAGAACGUUAAACGUUUAGCCAGUGGAGGCUGCGAUAAUUUAGUGAAAGUAUGGAAAGAAGAAGGUGAUCAGUGGAUCGAAGAGACCAAAAUAGAAAUCCAUUCCGAUUGGGUUCGUGAUGUUGCAUGGGCACCGUCAGUUGGUUUAACAAAAAAUAUGAUAGCCAGUUGCUCGCAAGAUCAUAGAGUAUUUGUUUCGUCGAGUGAUGAUUUCAUCAAUUGGAAAUCUGAUCUUCUCCAUAAGUUCGACGAUGCCGUAUGGAGUGUGAGCUGGUCUCUUACAGCCAACAUUAUAGCGGUCAGUGGCGCCGAUAAUAAAGUUAGUUUAUGGAAAACCGAUACAGAAGGUCAGUGGGUUUGCAUAAGCGAAGUUAUCAAAGGAAAACCCGAAAUCACUAAUUAAUUAUGUAAUUAUAAUUCAAUUCAAACUUGUUUAAGAUACAUGUACUUUUUUUUUUAAUAAAUAGUUCUCAUGUU